AUGGUGCAUUGCAGAAACGGGGUGGAGGAAGCUAGAGCAGGUGGGAGCUCGCCUGCCGCCCAUCGCCUUCCUGCCCCGCAGCCCGGCCGCGGCUCGCUCUGCCUCGCGGCCACCCUGGGCAAUCCUGCAGCCCUGCCCCUGCCCACCUGCUGUCCGCCCACCCGCCGCCUGGCAAGGGCCUGCUGGGAACGCCGGAAAAGAGAGAACCAAGCGGAGCUUCACCAGUUCCUUGACAGCUUGGCCACAAAAGUAUGCAGGAUAAAUGAAGACGAUGAUGCAGCACUUGACCUAGGUCCCUGCUUGAAGAGGUUGUUAAAAGUGUGCAGCAGGAAGUGCCAGCCAACAGCCCUGCGCAGAACACAUGAGAACAGUUACAGGCUCAGUGACUGUGUGGCCACAGGGACUGUCCCCAGGGCCACCUAG